AUGAAAAGAGUGCUGAUUAUUUGGAUCACAGCCCACUCACUUCAGCAUUAUCAAUGUAGUGCAGUCAUUUUCAAAAUGACUAAUGUAGUGUGUGAGUCCUAUAACAAAUCCUGGGUGGAAUUCGGACUGUGCCGCAGUAGGAAUAAGGUUUGCCUGAAUGUCGAUGCCAAUUUGCAUUAUCCGGUUCACGAUGUUAUAGUCAAAGCCAGAUUGCUGAAACGGGCCAAUGGUUACAAGCCUGUCAGUUUCGAUGGCUGCCAGUUUAUAAGGCGGAGAAACAAUGCCCUGUUAUAUAACAUAAACUAGGGCCUGCAGCAAGAUAAGAACUUCUAUCUGAGAUCCGAGAAGCUGCCUACUCCAAUCCCCACUGGGGAGUAUCUGUUGAUCAUUGACUGGGUGUUCAACAAGAAACUGCAGGCUGCCGCCACAAAUGUUAAUUUUACCUUUGUGGAGGAUCUAAAAAAUAGUUAA